GGGGAGUCGCCAUCAACUGGCGUUCUUGGCCUUGUGUGCUGCGCCACUGCGGCCGCUCCUGUCAUCGAAUUUUGUUCACCAAGGUGGUCCUUUAAUGCGGAGGUGGGCCCCAGCUGAGUUCCACCACGGAGAACACGCAGUUUCCCGAGCCUCCGGGUAUGGACCUGCCAGAUCUUCCAGGUGGCAGAAAAAAGAACCAGGAGUGGUGGAAUUUGCGGGCGCCGAUGCUUCACAAAACGUUUGGCAUUUUGGUUUUGGAGCGAACAUCAACCCUUGGAAGCUCCGGACCAAGCGGAAAAUUGAACCUUUGGACCAGGUGGCUGGAAGACUUGUGGGUUGGCGGCUGACGUUCAACCACAAAGGUGGCAUGGGAAAUAUUGAGCCAUUGAAUUCGAGUACAUUGACCAAUGCUGGUCCUGAUGAAGUGCAUGGAAUGUUGCUUUACAUCACACCGAGGGAUUUCAAAACAUUGUGCAAAAUUGAGUUUGAAUAUGGGACCACGGAUGUGCAGGUCACAGCUUAUGAUGGCAGGCAGAUUGUCGCGAAGGCAUUUGUGACCCCGCCGAAUUUCAAACUUGUGCAGAGUCUUCCUCCUCCCGAACGGUAUUUGAAUUUGAUCAAGGAUGGCUGUGAAACGAUGGGCAUUGAUCCCUCAUAUCGGGCAUGGCUGGAGUCCGUACAAACCGAAAAAGGUCAGAGGGGUGGCCACUACUGGUCUGUGGGCCAAUCAAAGCAACAGUCAGAGAAUUCUGAAAUCGCUGCCGCAAACAUGCACAAAAGGAUCUCGAGAUCGGAGGGGCCACUGCGUUUAGCUGCAUUGAUGGAAUUCGCAAUCCCAGGUGACAAUGGUUUGGUGGACAUUGGUGCCAACCUUGGCAAGUGCUCCUCAGAGGACCUGGCAUCACAACUUGUCAGGGCAGCUGCAGCUGGAGUGACCAAAGUGAUUCUAACUGGUUGCAAUGUAAAGGGCUCGGUGAAAGCCAAACACCUCACUGAGCUGUGGUCUGGUGGACCAGGUUGGGAGAAGACUUUGCAACACCUGGGUGCUGCAGCUCGUAAAGAGAUCCAUGAGAUGCAACUCACCAGCUUGCCACAGCUGCUAUUCACCGCGGGGGUCCACCCGCACGAUUCGAAAACUUGUGAUGAGAACACCAUGCAGGAACUCAGAGAGUUGGCAGCAUCACCUGGAUGUGUCUCCAUUGGUGAGUGUGGUUUAGAUUAUGACCGGAUGCAUUCACCGCGACGGCUUCAAUUGGAGUGGUGCCGAAAGCAGGUGGAGUUGGCUGUGGAGCUCGGCAUGCCGCUGUUCCUUCACGAGCGCGAUCGUGAUCCCAGCAAAGGCCAGAAAAUGGGAUCUUCGGAAAAUCUCCGAGACAUUUUGGCUGAGAACAAAGUGGACCCAAAGAAGGUCUGCAUCCACUGCUUCACGGGAAAUAGGGAGGAACUUUCACACUACAUUUCGCAAGGUUACUUCAUCGGUCUCACUGGCUUUGCGGCCAUGAAGAGACGCGGGGCUCACAUCAGGGAGAUGUUGGAAAGUGGAGAUCUUCCAUUGGAGCAACUGAUGAUUGAGACAGAUUGUCCCUUCAUGAUGCCUGACAAAGAGUUCUUGCCAGACGCCUUGGGAAUUGCACACCGAAAGAAUGAACCCUGCAGCAUGCCAGCAGUUUGCCGUGCUAUAGCUGAAUGCAUGAAGGUGCCGCCAGAGCAGGUUGCAAAGGUUACAACCUCCAAUGCCAAUGAAUUCUUUGGUCCAAAGUGAGUGGAAAA